AUGGUAGAAUUAAAUGGACUCUUGAUAUGUGUGCCUCUUUACGCUGCUGGAAUAUUGUUGGUAGGCGCUUCGAUCUCGGCUAGCAUCUUCGUGUUCCACGUGGGUGUGGUGCCUCUUAUAUUUAAGUACUCUAAAUCAUUCAGACGGAACCUGGUCUUCGCUAAUUUUGUACAAUGGCCGCUUCACUCCGACUACGAAGAGCCAAAAUCGUGUGGCAUCGAAGGCGCCCGCAAUCUGAGCAUCGAAUACCACUCUAAGGUUGACAAUUGCGAGAUUAAAAUAGGCAUAUGGCACAUAUUACCAAAGACGAUAUAUGAGAGGCUAAAAAACAAUUUCAACACCAAUACCGACAAGGAAGAACUAAAUAAAAUAAUGGACGAAGAAUUGAUCAAAUCUAAGACUCCAAUAAUACUCUAUUGUCACGGCAAUUCGAAUUCCCGCGCAGCCGUUCAUAGGAUAGAAUUGUAUAAAUUCCUACAGAAGAUGGAGUACCACACCAUCGCAUUUGACUACAGAGGCUAUGGUGACUCGACGAACAUAAAACCCAGCGAGCUUGGUGUUGUGGAAGAUUCGCUGGUGGUGUACGAAUGGCUUCAUGACACCUUAGGAAAGGAUCAUAAGCCACCUAUUUUCGUGUGGGGACAUUCCUUAGGUACAGGGAUAUCAUCCCACCUGAUGGGUAACUUAUCGGAGCUGUCCAUGACCUUGUUGGAAAGAAGCACUCCCCUGCCGCUACCGAACGGACUGAUACUUGAAGCGCCUUUUAAUAACUUGGCUGAUGAAGUCAGACAACAUCCCCUAUCUAGGUUGGUGACCUGGCUACCUUAUUAUGAAUACACCUUCGUGGCACCGUUUCUGUCGAAUGGCGAACAAACGUUCAAAUCGGACGAACAUUUGUGUAAGGCGAAGAAACUGCCUAUAUUGAUACUACAUGCUAAAGAUGAUAUGGUAGUGCCUUUUCUAGUGGGAGUUAAGCUAUACAAAACUAUUGUGCAAUCUCGGACUGAAACUGAUGCUAAAAUCAAACUCCAUGCUUUCGAAAAGAAGGAAAACUUAGGUCACAAGUAUAUUUGUCACUCGAGAGAACUAGACGUGGUUACAAGAGAAUUCAUCAUGGAAAAUGUAAAGAAGCCAGAGUGA